AUGGCAUCAGCUAUCUACAUUCUCGACGAGAAUCUGAACCAGUUGAUCUCAAGACAGUACAAAUACGAUCUCGACUCUUCUUCAGUGGUGGCGAGAUUCAAAAAUGCGCUUGCCAAGGCUCCCAUCGUUUCGCCAGUUCUUCAUCACGAAGGUUUCAACUUCGUUUAUCUCAGCUAUGACGAGAUAAUCAUUAUGACAGUCUGUUUCGACAACAUCAACAUAAUGACACUGGCUUCUUUUCUGCAGAAGUUUGCCAGGCUCUUGAAAGAUUACUUCAUCACUUUCGGGGUUUUUCGGAGCCGAAUGGAGAAGCUCGGUCUCAAAGUCAAAGCUGACGAUCCUGGCUCCUUCGUUGUCAACGGUGACAUUAUAAGAGAGAACUACAUACUGGUGUAUGAGCUUUUUGAUGAGAUACUUGACUUCGGGGUCCCGCAGCUCACUGAGUUUAACAUUCUCAAAGAGUACAUCAAACUGCAUCACAGAGAAGACUCGGCUGCCGAAAACAACGACUACGAAGACGGAUUGCAUGACGCAAAGAGUUCGAUUCUGAAGAAGAGAAGCAACUCGACCGUCACUCAGAGGAAGACCAGUGCCCAGCAACAAGUAGACACUACGACCUCAACUCUUAUCAACUCAAGCAUUUCGAGAACCUCAACGACGAAGAUCUCAUGGAGGCCGAAAGGUAUCUUUUACAAAAAGAACGAGAUCUUCAUCAACUUUAACGAAUUGUUGAGGUUUCAGUAUAACCUAGAAACCGAUGAAGUCAUGGUCAACUUCAUUUCUGGAGGCGUCGAUUGCAGAAGCUACUUAUCUGGUAUGCCUACGCUGACUCUGGGCCUCAACGAAAGACUGCUCACGAACUUCUACAGUGCAGAUGAUGAGACCACCAAGAACAAACUCGUUUUUGAUAACAUUAACUUUCACCAGUGCGUUGAGUUAUCGCAUAUUGCGACGAACAAUGCGAUCUCGUUCAUUCCUCCGGAUGGUGGUUUCACGCUGCUGAAUUAUCAGAUCGUUACAGGCAGCAGCAAAGCUUUAAAACCUCUAAUACUGGUGAGACCAAGUUACAAAAUCUUCAAAAGCAUGAAGAAGAAGACCACGCAGACAAAAUAUAAGCUGCAGAUUGCUGUAUCAUUACAGACAAAUUUCAAGAGGAAGUAUACCAUGAAGAAGGUGAAUGUGGUGCUUCCUCUGUUGGUGAGACAGAUACAGUGCUCUGAUCCAAAAUUGAAAGAUCUCACCACAUUGCUAAUCAAUUAUAACGUCAAUCCCAAGUUCAAGACCAAGCUGGGAAAUGUCGUUUUGAACUUGGAAGGUGAGACGGUGGAAUGGAGAAUACCGUCAUUGGAUGGUGGAAUCAAACCAAGCGAGACAUCUGACGAAUUCAAAAUGCUCUGUGAGUUCGAGUUGAUGACCAGAGAUUCCUUCUUGAAGACUUUGAAGGAUAACGAAUAUCACGGCAAACAGGACAAAAAUGCUCUUUUUUACGUUGAAAUUCAAGACGAGCUCAUGAAGCUCAGAGGUCAAGAAGGGCUUCAAUCACCUGAUCAGCACAAGUCAAGACGUGCAGAUCGGCAUUCCUCGGACACCAGUGCGCACGAUGACUUUGAGAUACAGGUUCCGCUUUCACCAGUCGUAUUAUCCAAGCCAUUGGGUGAUCUUGUCAAUCAAAAAGAGAAGUCUCUUAAGAGCAAACAGAAGGACUUGGUGAGAGUGUCAUUUGAGUUGACCGCGAUGACAUACUCUGGUCUCAAGGUGGAAUAUCUAAAGAUCGAUGAACCUCAGCUUCAUUUCCAGAGUUUCCCGUGGGUCCGGUACCUGGUGGAGAGCAAAGAUGGUGAUUAUCUUUUCAAGCUGGGUGAUUCUUGCUUUCAGAGCACAUUGACUUUGGAGGACUUUGAUCUGACAGGCACCAAAGAAGUUGAGGCCGUUAGGGACGACAAAGAUGACACACAUAUCUAUGAUCAAUCAGCACAUGUCUCUGAAACAAAUCUCGUGAAGCAGGGGAACAAAGAGUUCAGCUAUCGUGGACGGUCCAUCAGUUUUGCGGAGUAUGUUGUGGCUGGUGUGGAGGAGUCCUCACAGCCAGAAGGGGAAACAACAGGCACCAAAAUCGAACAAGAUGCUCCCCUCAAGGACGACAUGGAAAAUAUCCCCGAAGUCGCAAACGAAAAUGAAAAUGAAAACGACUCGGCAACCGAAUAA